AAAAGAAAUCUACAUGCCGUCGUCGGAGUCACAAAGGGUCUCCACUCGACAGACUGAAAUGGAACAAAAUAACAAAGGAUCACUGGAAGAAAGUUCUCGGUGUUGUCUAGAUUUAUUCUUCUCGAUGUUGGCGGCCACUGUAUGGGAAGAUGCUCUGAUUACACUUAACAUUCUUGCUAAUGGCAAUACCACCAUGGUCUUGACACGAACAUUGAACAAUUUUAAUAAAUUGCGCGAGAAAACAUUCUCUGUUGCACCAAGCAUGUUGGAAACAGAACAGAAGUCGGAAUCUAAUACGGAUAUGGCCAUAAAUCUCAAGCUAGAUGCUGAUUUAACAUUCGUUCGAGAAUCACACAUUGCGACUUAUUUGGACCUGGGGUUAAACAAGAGCUACAAAACACUGGAUAAUAUGCUGGGGAAAAUGUCGGCUCAAACGCAGUACUUAAAACAGUUAUCUGCUGAUGUUGCCAGGAAUAAAUUGCGAUGCCAUGAGUUACGGCUACAAGCAAUAUUGCUGCAGAAGAAACAUCUAAAGGAAUUAAACAAGCAGGAAGCUCGUAUUAGCGCCCUCUUGGACGAGAUAAGUGUAACUAAUUUGCUAUGCAACUUUUCGUUACAGACUGUUUUGUGUUUGAAUGAAAGGUCGGCUAUUCAAUAUCGAUACGUAAGUCACUGGGAGAAAUCGCGUCAAGAGCAGAUAAAGUUAACCGUGUCAAGAGUCCAGGACAAAAGUGUUCUUAUCAACAAUUAUUAUAGGAACUGUUACAUUGACGAAGAAAGGGCGCAUCUUGAAACGGAGCAUUACUACGAUAUUUUGCAUCGUGAGAAAUCUAGUCAAAUCGAGAAAUUUGCGGAAAAGUAUGACCACGAUACUGAAGCAAUGAAUUUGAAGCUCCAAUUUAACUACAAUGUAUUCGACGAUUUGCAAUCAUAUAGGAAAUUGCUUGAACGUAAGCUCAUGAAACGAAAUCAAGAAAUAUUCGAAUGGAACCAAUUCAAGGCGGAUCGGGAGGUGCAAAGGGAAUAUGCGAAGAAGAUGACCCAUUCGGCCAUCAUUGUUCAAGCUUGGUGGCGCGGAAUAUUGUGCCGACAACAUUUAGGGCCGUAUCGACCAAAAUCACAUCGUGGAAGGAGAUAAGUUGAACAGUUAUAUAAACGAAUGAGCUUUUGGCUUGCAAAAGGUCACAGAUGGUAUCGGUGGUGGGAAGUGCAAUGUUUCCUUCUUGCUCUGUUCCACAGACAUCAACCCUUUUGGUGGUCUUUCUUUGUUUAUGUGACAAAUGACAAGGACAGGAUAAUUUUGCUCGUUAUUUGUGCAGUCCGAUGACUUAAUAUUCCUUAAAUUCUAAAAUUUGUUGCGCUAUUUCCAACGGCCAUAUAAUGUAGGAUUUGCGGUACCACAUCCGAGCACCGAAGUAACGUCAGACGCUGUCAGUGCUUGUAUGGGUGACCGCUCGUGUACACAACACGCCGUCGCCUAUUUGUUACUGAUUAGUUAAUAUUUCUAAUAAUAAAAAAAAUUAACCACCACGUCCCCUAAAAACAGGUUUUCAUGAAGUAAUAUACGUUAAUUUGACAAAUCUGGAGCCUAGUUUUUUGACCGAUAAGUGUACCAUAGUCCCUGCCAUGAGAUUUGUUCGUAACUAUUUUAAAGUGUAAGAGUUCAAGCAAUUACUGGCGUAAAAAUCUCAUACGGUGGAUGAAUGUGCGGCAAAUGAAUAAGAAUUUAAAAAUAACUUAAAUAAUUUUGUACCAAAUAAAAAUGGAAGUGAAUUAAUAGGAACGCACCGCGAUAAAAAGAUUUUCCUUCUCACCACUGCCUUUACCAUCGUAAUCUUGUCUUCGCGGAACUGUCCCGUAUGUUGCAAAAAUAUUCUUAUGAAAUCGAAGCCAAGGCUUAGCAGGAUUAUGAGUACUGCAGUGGGAUUAAACUUUACAAAACUUCACAG